AUGGGAAUUUUUGUGAUCAUAGCUCCGGAGGGUGAAGAUAUGGGCCCUGGGGUUUCUGAGAGUAUUAUUACCGAGUUAAUAGAAUGUAAUGCAGCUCUAUCACAACAGCGUAAAAAGCGCCAGGUACUCCUCAUCCUGUUUAGUUUGAUUAACUCCGGCUAUGUCUUUGUUGACGAUGUCUUCAUGUCUUCUUUUUACCUCCCUCCCUCCAAUCACUUUCAUGUGUUUUCUUUUCAGAUUCCCCCAACGUUGGCUCCUAUCGAUGCUUUUGAGAGGUAUAACCAACUUUCUAGCCAUCCCCUUCACAAGACAAAUAAACAAGGGAUCGCUUCAAUUGAUAUCAAUCUUUCAAAGGACAUUGUUGCCACAGGAGGAAUUGAUUCAAGUGCUGUAAUCUUUGACCGAACAUCUGGAUUGAUCUUAUCAACUCUAAGUGGCCACUCCAAGAAGGUUACAAGUGUAAAAUUUCUAGAAUAUCGUAUGGGAAUUUUAGAAAGUUGGUAA